AUGGCCACCACCGACGUCGUGCCCGCUCCCAUCACUCCGGCACAAUCGCCGACGCUCGCCUGCUAUCCGACGAGCCCCAUCGCCCACUUCCCUCCGCCAGUGCAGGCUGCGGUCCGUCGGCCGCUGCGCGAACGCUGUGGAUUCAACCUCAGCCUGAAGAUCCACACGACUUGCGCUCAGCAGGGCCGCGCAGCGCCAUGGUCGCCCAAGGGCCACGUCCAGCCACACCGCAACAACCUGCCGCGCAGACGCAAGGGCCAGAUCAAGCGCAUCGUCGUCGUCGACGAUGACAGCCCGAGCACGACGGAGCCCAAACCCGACUCGGAGCAGCCGCCCAAGGGGGAGCGCCACCUGCAGGAGGUCGUCCCCGGGCUUUUCCUCGCGUUCAAGCUCGCCGACGCAGCCGCAGACGCGGCCAAGAGGCAGGAGGAGCGCUACACUCACGUCAUCGACAUCUGCUAUCCGCCGCCUGGCUACGACAGUGGCGCGAUCGAGCAGGCGUACGAGGGCCGCGUGCACCGUCUGCGGCUCGUCCUGCCGGCGGCGCAUCCCGCCGACGCGGAGCGGGCGGGGCUCGGGCUCACCGACGCUCAGCUCCGCGCCGCGCGCGACUUUCUCGCACAGGCGCUGCCCUACGUCAGCGCUACCGCGCCGCGGCCCCUGAUGUCGAGUGCGCCAUGCGCCAACGUGCGCAUACUGGUUUCCACCCCGCCGCGCCGGCCCACGGACGCGAUGUCCAUUGUCGGGUGCUACCUGUCAUUCGUGUCGAAUAAGGGUGCCGACGCCACCCUGCGCUUCAUCGACGACCAAGCCGACAUUUUGAGCAUAUGGAAGUGGGAGGUCUCGGAGGACGAAGUCGGGAAGAUCGAGCGCGUCGCGCGGAUGUGGUCAUGGUUGUCGAAAGUCCGUCGGUGA